AAGUUUCGCGACAUUCCAACGGCUAGUGUUUUGUCGACGUCGUUUCUUGUGAAGACGACUUUUCUGUCCAGAAUUUCGGAUUUAUAUUUUGAGUAAUUCUAGCUCCUAAGUUCACCUAGACUCUGUCCUUAAUACUAACAAGUGGUAUCAGAGCGAUAUUAAGGACAUUGAGAGGAGUCUACAGAAGUGUGAAGACCCUUCUAGACCCACCAUGGCCUGUGGGUGUGCCUAAGUGGUGUUCUAAAGGUUGGAUGUGUCUUCCGCUAAGGGGAAACUCUGCCGAAAUUUCGUGGACGCCGACACUUGUGAAAAUAUCGAGGGAGCUGAGUGUGGACAGCAAAGGGGAGCUGAAAUUCGUCAUUUCUCAAGGAGAAGAUGAAUGAGAGAGGAGGAGAUGCUAAUGGAAGAGGAGCUAGGUAGAGGCCGAGGUGACUAUAAUGAGGGGCAUGGGAGCUCUAGUGGCAGGGGGAGUACCAGAAUGGAGGGCACCUGCUGGUACUGCAAGAAGAUAGGGCAUCCUUGGUUCAAGUGCUUCAGCAGGCCGGAGGGAUGGGCACCUCCAGGCAUGAAGCCACCCAGUGGUGAACGCGCACAAGGUGGCGCUGUGCAAGAUGAAGGUGCACAAGGUAACGCCUAUCCUGGGAUGUAUCUCAUGGUUGAGGAUGUGCAUGGGCAUGAGGGUGAUGUGGGAUCUGUCGGAAAGGUUGUGAUGCACCCUCUCACGCACUGGGUGAUUGAUUCGGGUUGCACCAGUCACAUGACCCCACGGGCAGAUUUGCUUGAUGAGGUCGCCCUUGUGAAGAACAGGGUGCUGGCUACAGUUGGAGAUAAGGAGUGGAUCCCAUAUAUCAAGUGGUAUGGGAGUGCUCCAGCUGUGAACAUGCUGAGGGCAUUUGGGUGCAUGGUAGUGUUUCAUGUGCCUAAGGAGAAAAGAGGGAAGUUGGAGGCUUCUGGAAGAUGGGGUGUGCACUUGGGGAUUGCAAAGGAUCACAAGGGGUGGCUGCUAUGGGACUUGACCACCCAGAAGUUGACAGUGUCAAGGGAUGUGAAGUUUCUUGAGUCCCUGUACUACAAGGAAUGGAAGCAGCAGCAACAGAAGCUUCCAUCUACACCGCUCAUUGUGGAGGCAGAUGAGGUGCAGCACCCUUCAAGACAGGUGGAGGUUGCAGUGUCAGAGGAGGAGAUGUCUGGGGCACAAGUAUGGACCUGAAGGGGAGCUGACCCGCUACAAGUCUAGGCUUGUGGCACGGGGGUUUCAGCAGACAAAGGGGAAGGACUAUGAUGAGGUGUUUGCUCCUGUGGGGAAAGGAACAACACUGAGGGUGCUGUUGGCGAUAGCUGCACUCCUGGGAUGGAAGAUACGGCAGAUGGACAUUGUGACUGCUUUUCUGAAUGGGAUCAUUAUGGAGGAGGUGUACAU